AUGAAUUACAGGAUUCCUAUUACGGAAUCCGACGAAGACGAAUUACUCGCCUCCAGCCAGGAGACGGGUAAAGGUACUGCCGGACAUACCAACCUAAGUAUACCGGCAGAUACAGCAGUGAUAACAGCAAACGUAAGGGAGGAAGCGUCCACCUCCAAAGCUGCCAUGAGCACCAACCAAAGUGCACUGGCCAAAGGGGAAAUCAAAAAGAAGCGCAAAAAAUCCCAGAAUCAGCUGAGGAAAAACCGGUACCAGAGGGCAGUCUUCAUUCUAGGGAAGAUAGCCAAAAACCAGGCAGCCGGCACCCCAGUUGAUGAGGCAGAAACAAAGCGCCUUAAAGUAAUAGUGGAGGAAUAUGAAGGCUACCUGAAAAGGAAGCAAUCAGAACCUCUAGUAGAGAACAUACAGGAGAGCACUUCACAAAAAAGGAAUCGCUCUACGACAGAAACACCCGAAACUCUGCCUAAAAAACCGAGGCAUUUCUGCGAUGUAGCCAGAGAUAGCCUGCAAGUGGCCAUCAUAGACGGGAACUCCUCCUCACUGAGCACGGUACAGGAAAGAUGGGUGGAGAUCGACGUCAGAUUGUCGAGUAUGGUGCUAAGCUAUGUACUCGACAAUCCGGCGGGUCCUCACCCGGAGUUUGACUCCUCUGAGACCCUCAGGGGCUACAGGGUCAUCAAGUGCGCGGACCAGGCCUCCCUGGAUUUCCUGACGGGUAGUGUUGCUAAAAUCAGCAACGCCUUUGUAGGCCUCCAAUUGAGGCUUAUACCCGCCAGGGACAUUCCAAAGAGGCCUCGUGCUCGCAUUUGGUUACCCCCACUAGAGGAGCCAGGCGAAAAACUCCUGCGGUGUAUCAAGCUGCAGAACAAAUCUAUACCUGGUAUAGAUGAGUGGCAGCUGAUAAAGGAGGAAAAACCAAAUAAAGCCAGCAGACCAAUACUAGUGGCCAUUUGCGAAGAGUCCAUUGAGGGUCUCAAGAAGACUGACUACAAAAUCAGCUUCGGAAUUCGCAAGGCCAGGUUUAAAAUCUUCCAAGGCGACAAAGCGGCUGACGAAGACGACACGGAAGAGGUCGACGACGCCAGCCAGUUGCUAAGAAAAGUGGGCAUCGAAGAAACCCGAAGAGUGCUACAGCGAAUCUGAUAACCCUUAUGAACGAGGGGAGCAUCGACAUCAGCCUAAUACAGGAGCCCUGGGUCAAAGAAGACACCAUUAAAGGGCUAAACAGCAGCAACUAUAACCUGCUUUACACACGGAACAAAGCACAGCAGAUAUCAUAGUGGUAAAGGUGGAACAGAAGGAAAAGCCCUUCUUCUUAGUCUCGGCCUACUUGGCCCAUGACGAUGAUAUACCACCGACCCCG